AGUAAAAAAAAAAAACAUCUGUAAUUAAUCUCGAUCUCUUUCUUGCGUAAAACAGAAGCGUAGUAUCUGUGUUCGUGUUUUCUCUUGGUCGGAAAAUUAUAUUAAUUAACUAUGAUGAAGUCGAAGAAGGAUCAACAAUUAUAUUAUGACAAAGAGAAAUCAGUUCAAGCUGUUCUUAGUCUUCUCCGAAAACAAUCUCCAUUGUCUCUGAAACAGGAGAAAUUCUGCAGUAAGGCAUGCGUAGACAGGUUUUUGAAAUCCAAAGGCUUUAAUGUCAACAAAGCAGUAAAGCACCUUAGGGCUUGCCUUUCUUGGAGAGACACUAUUUCCAUUGAUAAUUUGAUGGCUGAUGAAUUUACAGCUGAGCUGGCAGAAGGAAUGGCUUACGUGGCUGGUCAUGAUGAGGAAUCCCGACCUGUUCUUGUUUUCAGGAUUAAACAAGACUAUCAGAAAUUUCACUCCCAGAAAAUGUUGACCCGGUUAGUAGUGUUUACAUUGGAAGUAGCCAUCCAAACUAUGCCUAGGAAUGUUCAAGAAUUCGUUCUUCUCUUCGAUGCAAGCUUUUAUAGAUCGGCUUCUGCUUUUAUGAAUGUUUUCUUAUCAACUGUGAAAAUGGUGGCCGAAUAUUAUCCGGGGAGACUCCAUAAAGCCUUCAUCAUCGAUCCUCCCUCCCUUUUCUCUUACCUUUGGAAGGGAGUGCGUCCUUUUCUAGAGUUGUCACAUGUGACGUCAGUAGUGUCGUCACUCGACUUAGAAGAUCCGUUGGAUUUCAACAACAACAACGACUUCUUCACAGACUGUCCUCGAUCCUCAUCCCUCCGAUUCGACUCAUCAUCUCAGCUUCAAUCAACGGCCAAGAUUGGAUCUUGCUCAUCCUCCCGUUUCACCUUUACCGUCUCCCACCACCUCGAUUCUCUCAAACCAUGGUACCUAUCUCUGGCAGACACGUCAGCUUCUAAAGUGGGACCCGCAACGAUCUCCCCUCUAAACGCGCGAUCACUCUCUUUCGCGUCCCCGGUAGCCAGAACGCAGGGCAGCAUCCGGAAAAACUUCUUCCCAUCCACGCCGAUGCCUCAAAAGAACCAACGGAUGGACAUGGACUCCGGCGUUAAUGGUAAGCAGGCAAGGACGCCGAAGCCGUCGUUUUUUCAAUCUCCGGCGGUGUUUUUCCGGAGGGGGGAGAGUACUCAUCAGGUGACGACGACGUCAAAGGGUGAAAAGUGUAGGGAGUCGUUUGGUCCGUUUCUGAAGUUUUACCGGCGGCCGUACGAUGAGAUGACGUAUAGGUCAAAAAUGAGGCCACCGUUGGGUGGGUUGAUAUCGAUUGUACCUAAUCAUCAUAAUUCGUCGCAGAUGAAACGCCGCCGUCACAUAUCGCUAUCGCAAAGGUUUUGAUGAUGAUCGAUCACUAGUAGCUAUAUUAAUUAAUUAUUAAUUAAAUAGAUGAUCGAUGCAUGAGAAGAAUUAAUUAGCUAGCUAGAUAGCUAGUAACAACAACAUAUUAUGCUAUUUUAUAAUUAUUAUUAAUAUUUGUUUUUUUGUGUCAAGAAAUUAUUAAUUAAGA